AUGGACAAUACUAGGAUGAACUCCUUCUUAGAGUAUGCAAUUUGUAACCGUGGGACGAGCGCCUACUCACCCAAGGGCUACCAUCAUUUAGAGCAAGGGACAACCUCCUUUCCUGCUUGCUCAGGUACACCCACCAGUGACAGUUAUAACGGAGACGGACGCUUUGUAGUAGCAGGGAGCGCUACCGUGCCCAGCCACCCUGCCCAGCCGAACCCAAGCUACCAUCACCCCCACCCUUCAGGGCUUGGCCUCCCCUUCUCGGGCUCUGCAUCAGCAGGGUACCCGCCCCAAGCCUGCAACCCCAGCUACGGGCAUCACCAGUUCUACCUCAGCCAGCAGGAAACGGAUGGCCUGUAUUUCCAGUCACCAGGGUACUCCGCCCCCGCCGGAUCUCACCUCGGUUCUGGGUCAGACGGCUACUGCCCCUCAGGCUCUGGACAGUAUCAACACCACCCCUAUGGCCAGGAUCAGCAAGGCUACUUGCAGGGGGCUUACAGCCACCUUUCGUCUGCUGUAACCCAGGACAAAGAUCACGCCUGCCCAUCUGAGCUAUGCCCCACCGCCAGCCUCGCACAGACCUUCGACUGGAUGAAAGUGAAGAGGAACCCUCCCAAAACAGCUAAAGUGUCGGAAUAUGGACUGGUCGGGCCGCCAAAUGCCAUCCGGACCAACUUCACCACCAAGCAGCUGACGGAGCUGGAGAAGGAGUUUCACUUUAAUAAGUACCUCACCCGGGCCAGGCGAGUGGAGAUCGCCGCCACCUUGGAACUCAACGAAACCCAGGUGAAGAUCUGGUUCCAGAACCGGAGGAUGAAGCAAAAAAAGCGGGAGAAGGAAGGCCUGGCCCCCGCUCCUGCCCCCAGGGUGGCCAAGGAAGUGAGCGAAGCCUCGGACCAGUCCAAUUUCACCUCACCUGAGGCCUCUCCCAACUCCGUUUCCUCCUGA